CGCCUUCUUCAGGAGCAAUUCGGGUAUGUGUGUGAGGUUCACGGCUGUUACUCCAUUCUUACGAAGCUAUGCUCAUAAUACCCGAAUUCAAUCACAGAUAUUGAAGUGACUCUUAAUAUCCGCCAGCAGAAAGCUGACCGACAGUAUGAGUUUGAGACCACACGAAUUUUGAGUCUGGGCGAAACCGAUGUCGAUUUCGACCUGGAGUGCGAGAUGCCGCUGCUCCCUACACACCCUGUCUCUCUCGUAUUCUACUUCAAGGCACUCAGUAACCCCCUCUCACAAGGUUCAGCAUAUACUACCUCAACCCCAUCCGCGUCCGCAUCCGCAACCAACCUGCUGGCACCUAUCGCAAAGUUCGCCACCGCGCCCCGCCGUAACAGUUUGAUGUCCUUCUUCCGCGGGGGCCGAUCCUCGAGCGACGAGACGGUGGUCGACAGCAACAACUCCUCCUUCUCAAAACCGUUACCUGCAUUACCAAGUGGUUCUCCUCGCCGGUCCACCUCCGGACCCGAUUUCAUGACCUCCAACCUCCUAGUAGCAGAAGCCGAGCCGACGCAGUCCGAAUGGGCCGAGAUCCUGCAAAGUGCGACCGGAACCCUCAUUGCGCCCGAACUCGAACUGCGCACCUUGGAAUGGAAGGGCGGGAUGGUGCAUGGCGAGUGCGUUGGAAAGAUCUCCUGUCUUAUUGGGUUCUUGCCCUUCAUGGAGGAGAAGGUUCCGAGAUCUUUCUUUCCGACGACAUAUGCGGAGUAUCAGAUGGCUGUGAGGAUUACGGAUUGGAAUCAGGCGCUGUCUAUGGAGGGGCAUUUGUGGCAGCUGGGUGGGGAUGUGCGAAAGCACUAUCGCCGCCGAUACUACCGCUUAACAGGUGCCGAACUGCACGUUUACGAAGCAGCUCCAUUGCCCUUCGUCACAGGCAUUUCUUGGGACGAGUCCGACUUUGACCCAAAGACCGAACUCCCCGCCCCACUGGAACAAUCCCACGGCAAACACCUACUGACAAUCGAGCUGGCUCAUUGCGAAAACUGGUACGCCUUCUCACCCAUCGGGCAACGGUACCGGACGUCUUCGGGUGGUCCUACGAAUGCUAGCGAUGACGGUAGCGAACCAUCGCAAUCUGAUGCUGCGUUCAACGAGCGGGACAAACUGCCUGAUCAACGCGCCGCGUUUGUUUUACUCUUCAAAGACGGCCGUGAGAUCAUUUUUGGAAUCGAUCCGGACGAGGUGGAGAGGUAUCAGCAGGAAAGCAACAAGAUGCUCCGAUCGUCUGAGACGAUCAGGCGAGAAUGUGAUGGAGACGGGACGCAGCCCGCGUUGGUAGAAUGGCAAUCGUCGGAUAUCGCAGACAUGUGGAAGCAAGCCCUCAACGAAGUUUUGAAUGGCGUGAAGUACGAGACGCCGCUGUGGUGGGAUGCACUGAGAGCGUCGAAGGGUGAAAGGAAGAGCGAGCAGCUGAGCGAGGAGGCUUACGAGCUCGCGUCCAGGUCGUGAGACUGUGUUGGGGCCAUGAGGCAGUUUUGAAGACACUUACUGUAGUUUUGGGAUCUUGCAUUUUUUUGGAACCUUCACUGUACCCAAUUAGGACUUUGUCACAUUUAUCGAAGAUGUUACACCCAUAUGCUAUAGCGCGUCAUUAUUUUGGCAGAUCGGCAUCACAUGCGUUCAUCAGA